CAUGGAAUUCAUAUGAGUGAAUUGCAAAAUUUCAUCAAAGUCCCGUCACGCGUGAAAACUCAUUCCAGUCGUUCUAAAAUGUCACGAACAAUUUAUAUUCCCUUAAAAUUGCUCUUUGAGCUUCUCGGCCUUGGAGAAGUGAUAAUAGGUGAGGUGUAAUCUACAAAUGGCGGAAGUCUCACUCUCACUGCGUUAGAAGAUCUCAGUCCAGCAAACACUGGAGUGUGGUCUCUCCAUCCCCUCGCGCGUCAAUAGUUCGCCUGUUAACCUUCCGCCAUCUCUUUCGACUUCCAAUCUUCACACACCCAUCAAGCAAACAGGGUUCGUCUGUUUCGCGCGACUUUGAAUUUAGGGUUUCUGUGGAAUUUCAGCUGCCGCCGGUUCUCUAGCCAAUGGAUGCCGCGGCUGGGGCUGUUGCUGCACGCGGAGCCGGCAUCCCUCUUCCAGUUUCCUCACCCCAGGCUUCUCGCAAGGAAUGGCGCGCUGUACCUGAACAAUCGCUGAGGAACUCUACUAGCGAGAUUGAUCGUUCAAAGUUAGGGCAGUCCGACGAGAGAUUGAUAUACGAGCACGGGAGAGAACCUGCGGAUGUGGACUUCUGCUCAGUCGCCAUUGAUGGAAGCCCGGACAGUGAUCUUCUGCAGCAGAGGCUUCAUACUGUUGCCAAACAAAGAGAUGAGUUGCAGCAGAUGGAGAUUGAGCUCCAGGCUCAAAUCAUUACUAGGUCACAGAUUAUGGAACUGCGUAAAGUUUUUGAGGCUGAAGUCAAAGAGCAGGCAAAUGCCAAUAUGAAAUAUCAGGAGCAACUGCGUGAAAGGGACCAGAAGAUAUUUGAGUUGGAAAGAAGAAUGGAAGAGAAAGAGAGAGAGUUGCAGGCUGUAAGAUUGGACAAUGAAGCGGCUUGGGCUAAAGAGGAUCUACUGAGAGAACAAAACAAAGAAUUGCAAACGUAUAGGUACCAUAUGAGAGAGAGGGACAACUCUGAAGCUGAAAGAGCUCAGAAUAUUAAACAAAUUCACGAACUACAGGAGCAUAUUCAAGAAAAAGAACGUCAAUUCAUGGAACUGCAGGAACAGAACAGAAUUGCUAAGGAAACCAUGAGUUACAAAGAUGAACAGAUGCGGGAGGCCCAAGCUUGGAUGAGUCGUGCUCAGGAUUUCAUUGCAUUGCAGCAAGCUGAACUGCGUGAACGGGCAGAGCAGUAUAAUCAGCUAUGGCUUGGUUCUCAGAGACAGUUUGGCGAGAUGGAACAUAUGCACCUGCAUUUGCAGCAGCUCCAAAUAGAACUAACAGAGGUAAAAGAAAGAAAUGGCCCUUCCACAGAUUGUUCCCAAGCCUCAAAGGAAACUGCAAAAGAUACUUCACAGCAUGGGCUGGAAAAAGGAAACGAACAUAAUGAAAGUGCUAGUAAUGGGGUUUCUCCUGCAAACUCUGGACAUGUGCCAAAUGGAAAUGCUGAAACUGCCCUGCCGUUGUCUUCUUUUGGGAAUCUGUCAACUCAGAAUGAUGCCCAUGGUGUUCCCCUUGCUCCUUCCUCUUUACUUGGGAUGCCUACUUUCAUUCAACCAGGUCAAAUUGCAGAACCGCAUCCAUAUUUAGUGCAUCAACAGGGAGUCCCUUCUUCAAUACCUACACAGAUUCCUCAGCCUCAUCAUCUUGGGCAUUUCCACUCUGUACCUGCAGUACCGUCUUUCCAACACUGGCCCAAUCAACAGGUUUCAUCAGAGGAUGCCUCGCUGAUGUCUGUUCACAGUCAAUAUCAUCUCCAAACAGAAUCAGUGUUGCUGACACCAGAUUCAAAUUUCGAAUAUGAAGCAUCUAUAAAUGGAAAAGUGCCUCUUCUAGAAAUUGAACCGAAGGCUUCUUUUGGGGCUUCAAAUGAAUUGGGGCAACAGUUUGUAGGUGAAAAUUGCAUCCCUAGUCUCCAAACCCAGCAGCAUACAUUGCAGCAUAUCUCUACACAGUUUCAUGAUGCAUUGAGGCUUGAUCAGCAUGAACACAGUAAUGAGUUUCAGGGGAAAGAUUUAAGUACUUCGGAUAAUCAUGGGGUAAAGUCAGGAGGGGUUGUUAUAACUAGAGAAGUUAGCUCUGCUAGUGAUAAUAAAAAGUCAUCACCAGAAGUUCCAGAUCAGACUAGUCAUUUAAAUGACAAAGUAACAGAUGCCACCCAGAGUAAUGCUGCUGGUGUGCCUGAAAGAUUGAUUUGCGGGGGUCAGAAAAAUGCACAUGCAGUUGCUGGGAAAGCAGCUGAACCUGAUAACCUACUCGGGGAACAAGCACUACUGGCAUGCAUAGUUCGCACAAUUCCACCUGGUUCUAGUGGUAGAAUUAGAAUUAGCACAACGCUCCCAAAUAGGCUGGGGAAAAUGCUUUCUCCCUUACAUUGGCAUGAUUACAAGAAGAAAUUUGGGAAACUUGAUGACUUUGUAGCCAGCCAUCCUGAACUAUUUGUGAUUGAUGAAGACUACAUCCAGCUCCGAGAAGGUGCUCAAGAAAUCAUAGCAGCCACAUCAGCCGCAGCCAAAGUUGCUGCCGCCGCAGCUGCAGCUGCCGCCACAUCAUCAUACUACCCUUCGCAUCUGCCUUCCGUUGCUGUCACUCCAAUGGCUCCUUCACAGAGGAUGAAGAUUUUAAUGAAACCAAAAAAUUCGGCAGAUCUGAGUGCUUCUAGGUCUAGUAACGGUUCAUCUUCAGUACAAUUCUCUACGAGUGAAGGAAUUAAUGAUGACAAAAACGAUAUUUCUCCCAGAAAGGGCUCAUCGUCAUGGAAACCUGCUUCAAAUUUAGCUGGCAAACAGCAAGAAAGGAACAGCCGGUUUCCAUCAAGCUCUAGAAGAUAGUUCCUUUUCCUUGGAGGGGAUCUUUCUGAGGACAGCUUCAAAUUAAGCUGUUGAAUUUCUGGAGAAUGAAGUUGUGCGAUGUAUAAUACACUUAGAAAUCAGAGUGUGCAGAUCAAUAUCGUUAUUAUCAUGAUGAUUGGAAAAAAAUCUAUCUUGAGUUUUUUCAGGGAUUUUCUCCCCCCUCCCCUAUCUCUUUUGUCCCGUUACAGCCGGCUGAGUAGCAUUGACAACCUAUGUAAACUGGUGCCUUUUGGGGAAUUAUUAUUAAACUAAUCGCAUGGCUCAUCUUGUUAGAAUGUUUUUUCACAGCAAAGUUACUUCUCAACUAAUUAAUGAGAAUACACCUAAAAGUUGCAGCUUUUACGCAAUCUUUGCUUAGUUGCAGAUUAGAUCUC